GACAGCGAAACCGAUGUCUACUAUUUAUUCAAGAAGUUUGCCGAUAAAUUUGUGCCCAAUUUUGAUGAUGAUAUGAUUAUUGCCAACCUGUUGACCGCGAUCAUACUAUUUAAUCCUAAUCGCAAGGGGCUGACACAUAAAAUAUCUACUAUUGAAAUACCCGUCGGAAUCGCAGACAAGACUACAGGCGCUGAUGACUGGGUUAACAGAUCUGAGAAUUGCCACAGAAUUACAUAA